AUGGACGCUCCAGAACCGGAGACCACGGCCUUUGAUGCCAUGAGCGCACAAACCAACCGUGUGAUGCGCAAAUACCAAGCCUACCUCGACGCCUCAACACCCUACGUCCCCCACCGCUGGGCCUUCACCAUCCUCCUGCUGAUCGCCUUCUUCCUGCGCAUCGUCUUCGCGCAGGGCUGGUACAUCGUCGCCUACUGCCUGGGCAUCUACCUGCUGAACCUCUUCCUCGCUUUCCUGCAGCCCAAGUUCGACCCUUCACUCACGCAGGACGAGGGGCUCGAAGACGGCGGGAGUGGCGAUGGAGAUCGGAGUGCGUUGCCGACGAAGCAGGAUGAGGAGUUCCGGCCGUUCAUUAGGAGGCUACCGGAGUUCAAGUUCUGGUAUAGUGCGACCAGGAUGAUUAUGGGCUGCUUCGUGGCGAGUUGGUUUGAGAUCUUCAAUCUGCCCGUCUUCUGGCCGGUGUUGGUGGUUUAUUGGUUCAUACUGUUCAGUCUGACAAGUGAGUUCGAAUGUCAUUCCGUGGCUGCUUGGUGUACGCAAUCGUCAAGCAGAGGUGCUGACUGGUAUGGUGUGAACAGUGCGACGGCAGAUUCAGCACAUGAUAAAAUACCGCUACGUGCCCUUCUCAAUCGGCAAAGCGAGAUACAGUGGUCGGCAUUCAUGAAUACUGUGGCUUGGGAUACCCGAUACGAAGAAGAUCAUGAGUACAAGCAAUGGAAGAAGACACUGUGGCAAUAA